AUGAUUCUAGAAGACUAUAGGAUAUAUGGAGAUGUGCUUGUAUUUGAUACAACAUACAGAACCAACAGAUAUAAUAUUAUAUGUGCUCCAUUUGUUGGAAUAAAUAAUCACUGGCAUAAUUUUAUGUUUGCAUGUGCUUUUAUUGGGGAUGAAAAAACAGAUUCAUGUAUGUGGCUACUAGAAACCUUCUUGAAAGCUAUGGAGAAUAGAACACCAACUUCAAUGUUCACUAAUCAAGACCAAGAAAUGGAAAAUGCAAUUGAGCAGGUGCUUCCUAAUACAAGGCAUAGACUUUGUAUAUGGCAUUUGGAACAAAAUGCCAUAACCAGAUUUGGAGCUCUUAAAAAAGACAAAGAAUCAAAAUUUUAUACCAUAUUUAAGAAGACAACCAAUCGUUGGAGAAGCACAGAGAAAUAUGAUGAGUUUACAUGUAGCAAGUCAAUAGCAUUCACUUCAUUGCCACUAUCUGGAAUGCUAAAGCAUGCUGCACAGGUUUUUACUUUGUCACUCUUUAGAGAUUUUGAAGAGGAGUUUGGAUACUCUAUGGCAACAAUUGUUCAAAUGAUAGGAAGAAAUGAAGAAUGUCUACUUUAUCAGGUAGCCCUGGAAGACAAGCCAUGGUCUGCACAUCAAGUAAACUAUAUACAUGAGAGCCAGAAUGUAUGGUGUACUUGCAAAAAUUUUGAAGCAUCUGGAUGGUUAUGUUAUCAUUGCAUCAGAAUUCUACACUUGCAUUCAGUAACAAGAAUACCAGACAAGUAUGUUUCAAAAAGAUGGACUAAUUUUGCAAAAACAGAGGCAUGGGAUAGGUUGAAGAAUCAGGAUCCUACACAACAAUAUAUUCCAUGGAGACAAACAAUGAUACGGAAAUUCUACAAUCUAAUCUUAAAGAGUCAAGAAAAUGAAGAAACAAGAGAAUUUAUGGAAGACAACUUCAAAAACAGUCUUAAAAUGGUGGAAGACUUACUUACUAGUGCUGCUCAAAGAGAAAGUGCAGAAGCUGCUUCUAAUAUUCCUGAUGUGGCAGACAGCAAUCACAGCAAUAAUGAUGUUUCUUUGGCAUCGAGUACAAGCACAAGUGUACCCACAAUACUUGAUCCAAAAAGGGCUGUAACAAAACGAAGAAGCAAGAGAGCAAAAGGAGGUCUUGAAAAAAGCAAGAGAAAAAGAAAAUCAGCACUGCCACCUCCGCAUUCAGAAUUUGGAUCUAAAACACCUAAUUUGAGACUCUUUUAG